AUGGCCAAGCAAAAGGGCGAGAAAAAGGGCAAGUCGGCCAUCAACGAGGUGGUGACCAGAGAGUACACGGUCAACUUGCACAAGAGGCUGCACGGAAUCGGUUUCAAGAAACGAGCCCCCCGAGCUAUUAAGGCCAUCCGCCAGUUCGCCGUCAAACAAAUGGGUACCCCAGACGUGAGGAUCGAUACCAGGCUUAACAAGCAAUUGUGGUCUAAAGGAAUCAGGAAUGUCCCAUUCCGUGUAAGGGUCCGUUUGGCGCGCAGAAGAAAUGACGACGAAGAUUCCGUGAACAAACUCUACACCUUGGUCACCUACGUACCAGUAGCUACCUUUAAGGCUCUUCAAACCGAAAAUGUUGACGCCAGCCAAGAGUAG